CCAGAUUUUUUCCAUCGUGGUGUUUGCCUCCAUCAUGAACAAAGGCUACGUCAAUUUCGGGGACGGGACCCUCUUGUGUGUUUUUAACAAGAACGAGAGCGCCUGCAAUUACGGUAUCACGAUCGGUAUCAUAGCGUUCUUCGCCUGCAUCAUUUUCAUCAUCUUGGAUCUGUACUUCCCCCAGAUCAGCAGCGUGAAGGACAGGAAAUACGCUGUGCUGCUCGAGCUGGGUUUUUCAGGACUGUGGACAUUCCUAUGGUUUGUAGGCUUCUGUCUCUUGGCUAAUCAGUGGCAAGUUACUAGCGUGAAGAUUCCAUUCAAACAGAGCGCGGACACUGCCAGGGCUGCCAUUGCCUUCUCCUUCUUUUCCAUUCUGGGCUGGGCUGGCCUAACCCUGAAGGCAUGGCAGAGGUACAGCCUGGGAGCUGACACGUCACUCUUCUCUCAUGAUCACUUGGACGCAGGUCAUCCUCCAUUCUCUUCUGGAAGUGAAAUUGAGAACACAGACAACUUCCAGAGCCCGCCAUUUGCUGAAAACCUGGACACGACCUCUCGGGGGUAUCAAAUGCCAUCGUAUUAAAGAUCCAAGGUCUCUUUUUGUCAUUUAGGAACACAGUUUCCCUUCUGUUGGCCUAGAUAGUCUUCCAAUCCAGCCUUUCAAAAAUCAAAUCUGUACAUCAUUUCCAUUUGAAAAUUGCUAGCCUUCCACGUUGGUUCAAGGUGUCAGGUAGAAAUUCAGCCCAAACUAUAACACCUCCAUCAUCCGUAAUGUCGCCUUCUCUUUCUUUUCUGUGAGCUUGCAAACAAAAUGGAUUUGCAGCCAGUUUUUAGUAGCCAUCUGAAAAUCAUCAGUGGCUGGAGCAUUUUGUGAAGGUAUGAUGGGUAUUUGAUAUUUGAGUCUUAAACUGGAGCCUAGUUAGGCCAAUGGCAAAGGGAUGCUGAAAUACAGAUAUUUCAUCUGUGUGGUGCAGUGUUGUUCACUGGCUAGCUAUCCGCAAUUACUGUCUGAGGAUAAUGGGCUUUUUCGUGUGAUAAACUGGUGUUGGGUAACCUCUCUUUAGCUAGUCGUGCAAUGUAAUCACUAUAUUAGUGGUGGUGUCAUUCUUGUUUGUAGUGUGUAGUAUGUGAGCUGGAAAUACAGCAUAAUGCGACAGACCGCAAGGCCUCUGUCUGGUGUAUUUAGAAAUUCAUACCUCCUGCUCCACUUGUUUGGGUGUAUCCUUGAACUCAUGACUAACUGUUCCUCACCAUGUGCCAGGUUUUCUAAUUGUAUGUAACUGUAAAAAAACGUUAAUUGGUCAAUGGUCAGAGCUAUUUGGAGAUGUGAGCAUAUUGUCUGUAAUUCCUGCUGUCAGAUUAUACGGUGCGGUUUCAAAACCAUACAAAAGUGAAUGUAAGAACUACAAAACAGUCAGCUCAACUUUUGAAUUGGUACAACGCAAAUAUUUUAAAACCUUAUUUUAUAGGCGUGACUGGAGAUUUACUGUACCUACAUCUUGCGUUCUGGUUGAAUAUUAUUCAAAAAUGAUAUUGGUUGUACCCUGAGAACACCUCAACUGUAUCUCUGUGUAAUAUCCCAAGAUUUAUUUGUGUGCUUUAUGUUUAAUACUCUCAUUCCAGUAGCAAGUGAGUUCAUGUAAUUGGAUACCGGUAACUUUGUAAUACUGUAUACUACUGAAGGUCUUUUCAACCCUUCCCAAGCAUAGCACACCUGCAUAGUUCUUUGAGUUAAAAGGUGCGUAGCACUGAACUUUCUGACUAAAAAUAGUAGUGUGCUCCUGUAUAACAGUGGCAAUAAUAAAAUGAUAUCCCCAACAGCUGAGGUUUUUAUAUGUGAUGCCAGUCAGCAAAACAUUGCCUUACUGCAUGAGCCUCACCUUUUUCUCAGCCUAAACCAAUAUCUAGGUUUGACAAAGUGGUUCCUGGAUAACGAGAAGUGCCGUUUUUGUAGCCGGUCGUUGACUUUUUUUUGCUGUUAAAAAAAAUCUUAAUUUCAAUCUUUCAAAGCCUGAGCCAAACAGAUACCUGUUAACAAAAUUGCUUUUUUUUGAGGAAUGUCAGCUAUGACUGUAUAAGCAAUUAUGUAUGUCCCCAGAACUAAGUUUAUUUAACAUUCAAUGGGGCAAAUGAGGUAAAUGAGUCAUUGUAAAGCUGAAUGUUUUCCAGUUUGAUCAGCUGAAGCAUUUCCUUCGAAGAGAAAAGGCUUGGAUUGCAAAAUGGAUUGUCUGUUGAAUACAAGCUUAUUUGAAUGUUGUACAUCCGGAUCUGUCCAGUUGCUGUUCCGUGAUACGUUUGGGUUUGUUCACAUAGGACAUCUUAAAUGAUCACACAUUCAGAAAAAAUCUGUGCUUAGUGAGUGCUCUGUGCCAAGUGGGCUCCUGCUGUAAUUCUGAGAUGUUUCAAUGAGAUGAUGAACUUAUAUUCUAUAUCUGUUUUAAUAUAUCAUGUUAUGGUCUACAGCCACAAAGGGCAAAAUAGCCUCCUCCUGCCCUGAUUAUUCUAAAGCCUAUUUGAAUGUAAGAUUUAUUACUGUCGCCAAAUCAUUUUAAAAUGCUGUACCUUUGAAUUGACCCUCAAAAUGUGUGCAGGACCCAGCAUCCCUCUCCCGCGCCCACCAAGUAUUGACUUUUUACAUGAGUUUAUAUCAUUUUGUCUCUGAAUAUAUAGUAUUUCAAAUUUAUUUUUUGUUCUGGGGAAAAAGUUGAGUUGGCUGGACCGAAUUCGCUGGUGCAACUCCCAGUGUCAACCAUACUGAGCGCUAAGUGUUUGUUUUAAAAGCUUGAUAAUAGUCUACAGAAAUUAAAGUUGUUUUUCAAGGAAUAAUUUGAUAUUAUUUUCAGGCCCAGUGUUUACGUUUAAUGUUUUUUUAAAUCAGAAAAUGGUUAUGAAAGGCAAGAUAAUUAGAAUUAUUGAUAUUGGUCUUUCAAAAUUUUCAGUGUUUUUGAUAAUUAUUGACAUUUUUUCAGUGCCACUGGUGUUAAUUAAAACAUCACAAAUGGGGUAAAACAUCUGUAUAUCAGAUAUACCUCUCUGUCCAUUUAGAGGAUUUGAUGUAACAAAACUGGUUAUUUUGAAGGGAAGCCCAUUCCGAUGUCCAUUGCCGUAUUUGAAGAGGCUUGUUGCAAUUUGAAGUGAUUCAUUUUUAACUAUUUGGUCAUUCUCCUUUUGUUUUUGCUUUCAAAUUUCAGUAGUGCCGAAAGAAAAAUCAAUGCACUAGACAUCUUGGAGUGAACGCUCACUCACGUUACGAUUGUCAAAUCAAACCCGUAUUGUCUAUUGCCAAUUGUGCAGUUGUAGUUUCUUAGGAACAGAAGAUGUCAUUUUUUUCAACUGUUUGUUUCUCAGGUGGAUGGUUUCUCCUGUAGAAAGCCAUUAGCCAACUUCUGUUGCUAAUUUUAGAUACUUGUCAAUAUUUCAGUUUAUACAAGCUGACCUUAAGACAAGUUUAAAGCCCUUCAGCUUUUUUUUAUAUCUUUACAGUGUACAAAACAUACAUCAUCACAUUUGUAGUGACCGACUUUGUAGCUUAAAUUUUUAACCGUGUUAUUAUAAGGCCAUUAUAAUUUUUUAAAAGAUUUGCUAAUGGCAAAUUAAGGUUUUUCAUUUUGACAGCAGCAGACUGAAAUAACAAUUUAACCAAGUAUUGUUGUUCAUUUUAAUAGUGUAAUAAAAGCUGGGCUGUGCAAACAUUCCCAACUUGAAAAAAAANUCAGUUUUGGGGGUGUUUUUCAAAUAAAUUUAUUAGGUAAAUAUGCAACGAAAGACGAAAGCCCGAAAGGAGAUCCCAAUGAGGCAAAAUGGUGCACUUUGUAGUAACUUUUCUCUGUUCACUGAAGUGUACGGUGAUUUUAAGAAAAAGUAUAGUGGUCAUAGUGGUGUUUAUACUGUGUUAAAAUAGUGAACACAUUUGAGUGGUGUAUGGAAAAAAAGAGUAUAAAAAAGUUUAAAAAAUGAAUCAACUGUAUGAACAUCUUUAUUUGUUCUUAAAAGAACACUGUUGUUGUUGUGAUAUCGGUAAAUUUGUGCCUGUGUACAAACAAUGAAUUCUCAAUAAAGAUGUGUCACUGCAUAUAACUGUUA